GCGCCUGCGCAGAUAGUGACUGGGUUGACCGUGACUCGAGUGUAGUGUAAUAUUCUUCCAUCAUGAAUUACCUCGUCAUCAUUACGUCUAUUCUCUGCGUAGCUCAGGCAAGACCGGGCCUGAUAUACACUCAACCCUUAGCUGUGGCUGGGAUCGAAUACGCCCACCCGUCCGUACAAGCCGUCUCGUCCCAUCCAGCUGUUGAACUGAACGCCGCAAGUGAGGCUUUAUUACCACCAGAAUUGUUAAAAUCGAAUGCGUUUUAUAGUAACCCUUCGAUCGCUGCUGGCCUAGCCAAAGAAUCUUGGUUCACGAAUAAAGAAAUGCAGGUUGUUGAACGAGAAGCCGAAAAAAUACCGAGACAACGUAUCUAUGACAUCGUUAAAAGUGCUGGCUUCUUGGACAAACAUUAACACGUGUGAAGGAAAACGUUACUUCGGACUCUCGACAGUGGCUUAAUUGGAGUUUUAUUGUAUAUUUAUAUGUUGCUUAUGUUAUGAUUAAAAUGAAUAUUUAAACACAUUUAGUCCCACUGAUUCUAAUGUUAUAUGUCUUGAUGAUACUUUAGUUGUUUAUAUUUCUCAAAAUAGUUAUGUAUUUUAACAGAGCACUGUAAAUAAUUGCACAAUUUUAACAAUGUCGACGUAAUUUAUUAAAAGUUGUAGUUUCUUUUUUAGUAUUUAGAAAGUAGGUAAUAAUGCAAUAUAAUAAUUUUGUUAUUCGUAGAUUUUAUACUUGAACUGUGAUCUCGAACAAUAAGUGCGUUUGCGU